AUGUCCGCAUACUCCGACACUGCCCGCGCUCUUGCGGCGCAGAUCGACGACGAGGACGAACCACUCUCACACAGCAGGGGAUCAAAUGCGCCAUCGUGGCGACGACGAUCAAACUCACAGUCCAUCGAACAAAGACCCAAAUGGCAACAGAAUGCUGAAAACCUUCAACGAAGAGCCGUGAAGCUGUGGCUGAAGUUCACACCUAUACAACAGAUUGGGCUCGUAGUCCUGAACAUAGUACUGCUUGUAUUCGUAAUACUGGGCUUGAUCUACAACCAACGCAUAUUCGCAUGGCUUGCGCCUGGAGCGAAGAGAUGGCGAGAACUACCAGGCGGAUGGCUGAUCCUUUGGUUUAUGACCUUCUUCGUAUCCUUCCCUCCCAUGAUCGGAUACAGCACCUGCGUCACUAUUGCUGGAUUUGUAUUUGGUAUGAAGGGAUGGUUCAUCAUGAGCACGGCAUCAGUGGCAGGUUCGACAGUAGCUUUCAUUGCGUCAAGAUCAGUGCUAAAGGGGUUCGUUAGUCGCUUGACGGAGAAGAACAAGCGGUUUGCUGCGCUGGCACUGGUACUAAAGCAUGAUGGACUGAAGCUUUUGAUCAUGAUCAGACUGUGUCCUCUCCCAUACAGCUUGAGCAACGGUGCUAUCAGCACGAUUCCGACUGUGACGUGGUUGAACUUCAUGAUUGCAACGGCGAUUGUGUCGCCGAAGCUGCUGCUGCACAUCUUCAUUGGAAGCAGACUGGGCGACUUGGCCGAGCAUGGUGACAAGAUGGACUUUAGGACGAAGAUGAUAUCAUACAUGAGCAUCAUAAUAGGCAUGAUUGCUGGGGCGGGCACUGGGUACUGGAUAUAUGCAAGGACAAAAGCGCGUGCGGCCCAACUGGAGGCAGAAGAGGCAGCAGCAGUGGCAGAUGGCAGUAGAUCGGCUGGAGUAGGAAGUGACUACAUUGAUGAUCCCAGUGCGCGGUAUGCUACCAAUGUGCUCCGGAGGGACGACGAUGUAUCGCUGCACACCACAUAUGAGGAUGACUUGGAAGGUGGUCGAGGAGGCUAUCUAGACGACUUCACGGACGACGAAGAUGCUCACGAGCGUGAUGUCUUUGACGAUGGAGAUGGCCAUCUUGACGAUGAGCCGAGGCAUGGCAGAAGAUAG